UGAAGUCUCGUUCACAGCCUCCUCUCUGGGUUCAGAUCUAACUGGGUCAAGCUCUGAGGAGGAAGGAUUUUAGGUUGAGUUAACAUGGCAUCUCUGAGAACUGUGAUCUGUCUGGGGGUCUGUCUGUACACCUGGACCCUCACUGCUGCAGAAAACAACAUGCCCAAAGCAGAGAAUUUAAAAUGGGUUUCUCUGGACUUUAAAACCAUCCUCAAUUGGACUACUGAAGAAUCUGACUACAAAUACACCGUCGCCGUCUCCAGUGAUGACAGUGAUUGGAGUACGAGUCCAGACUGCAUCCGGAUGACCGAGUCAGAGUGUGAUCUGACCGAACACCUCACACCCUACGACAGGGCCUACAAGGCUGAUAUCCAGACUGAACCUGAUCUGGUGGACUAUGAUGAGGACUAUGAGAACUACCCUCACACGUACUCUGAUCCCUUCAACCCCUACAGAGAGAGUAAAAUCAGUGCGGUGGACAUCACGGUGGAGGCUGUGGAUGAGAGCAGAGUCAUGGUCAACAUCACAGAUCCUCUGACUGGGAUUCACCGGCGUGGGAAGCAGCUCAGCCUCAGAGACAUCCUCAAAAAUGACCUCAAGUAUAAGAUCAGCUACUACAAGUCUGGAAGUACAGGCAAGAGAGACAUCAUAUCUGACUCGAGUAUGGCCGAGGUGUCGAAGCUGGAUGCAGGAGAGAGUUACUGCUUCAUGGCCGCAGCGUUCAUCCCCUCCAGACCCAAAGGCAGCCAGCUGGGGGCGUGGAGCCAGCAGCUGUGCACACCUCAAGAGGGGAGCAUCCUGCAUGAGCUGAACCUGGGCGUUUGGGUCGGUAUAAUCUUCAUCCUGCUCACAGUCUUCUUCAUCAUCGUCACGGUGACCGUCCUCUGCUGCAGAUGCUGCCGACAGAGAAACUCAACUCAGUCAUCCACACCUGUUUAGUGUGUGUGUGUGUGUGUGUGUGUGUGUGUGUGUGUGUGUGGGUGGGUGUGUGUGUGUGUGUGUGUG